AUGAAAGCAGGCGACGUCUCCACCUCUACGGGGGAUUCAGCUGGAGCCCGGUUUCAGACACAUGAUUCACAUGUCACCGAGCAGCACUGGGAAGAAGAUGGUGAAAUACUUUCCGUGGACUGGCUGGCCCAGAGCCAUCAGAACACCGGGCUGACGGAGCACGGCCGGGCGCGGGAUGCUGCGCCAACCAGCAGACCUCACAUCCCCUGCAUGGUGCCGCCGCGUCCUCCGACGUUUGGCAAAGGUUACCUGCAGCUGAAGCCCACGGCACCAAAGUCUACGGAGCACGUGGGGUCAGCGGAGAGCAACGGGCGCGAGGACUCGCCCCUGCCUCCAUCCAGCUGCGCGUCACCAAUUUCAGAAAACAGCGGGUAUUCAUCCGGGUACGAGAGCGAGGCGGCCUCGUCAGAGUGUCUCUCCGUGGAUGACGGACGCGAUGGGGAGAAAGACGCGCCGCAGCGUCGCGCGCGCACGAAGUUCAGCCCGGAGCAGAUCGGCAAACUGGAGAAGAUCUUCAAUAAGCACAAAUACCUGGACGCCGGAGAGAGAGUCAAGACGGCACAGAAGCUAAACCUCACAGAAACGCAGGUUCGCACGUGGUUUCAGAACCGCAGGAUGAAGCUGAAGCGCGAGGUCCAGGACUACCUCGCCCCGCCAGUACCGCCGCUCAUGUUCCAGCCCCUGCCCCCGGCUCAGUACCACAGCAUGGGCGGCCAGCAGCCCCACUUCCCGGGGAGCGAGCCGGCCUUUCACCCGCUGCCCGUUCCGCACAUUGUCUUCCAGCAGCAGAUGCCGGCUUAUCACCCUCCUCACCUCAUGAUCCACAACCAACACUUCUACUGAAGACACUGUCGAACUCUGUGACUGAAACACUUAACGUUUGUGCAAUUCGUAGUUUAAUGUGUAAUAUUAUUAUAUUUGUUAAAAAAGGUUGU